CGCGUAGCUAAAAAAAAUUACAUUUGGCAUUUGGAAUAAUUACCAAAUGAUCUCGCCCAUUUCGAGAUGCAUUUUUCUCCAGUAACAUCAGACUUCAUAGAGCAAAAGUUCUAUAUCGCGUGUAACUUGUAGUCCUCGGCAGAGAAAAUAUUUUUCCCUAAUUGAUUUUCUCGCUCAAAAAAUAGCGAUGACUGCGAUUUUUUUGUACGCUGGGCUUUCUUCUCUUUCCCACCCGCGCCAUGGAGAAACGUCAAGUAGACCAACAUAUUGUCAUCAGUAGCACUCCAAAACGGACAGUACGGUCCAUCUUGUCAGCUGUUAUUCUGACUUGCUCAUGCGCAUACUUUUUCGCCACAAGCAUUAACGUCGGUACCACCCCGAGCCCCAUUGAUGUCGGAUACAAAGAAGGCAACUUCACUUGGAAAAAGUGUCACGACAGGUUCGAGUGCUCGACUUUAGCUGUGCCUAUCGACUAUAGUGAUAGCGAUAGUGCCAAGUUCGACCUGGCUAUCAUUCGUUUGAAAGCGACUCAGGAUGUAUCAAAAGGCCCAUUGUUUGUUAACCCUGGUGGCCCUGGUGGCUCAGGUGUAGACAUGGUGCGUUUAGCGGGCGACAUUUUGUCCAAAUCUGUCGAUGGCUUUUACGAUAUUGUUGGCUUUGACCCGCGUGGCAUAGGCGCAAGUAAUACGAUUCGAUGUUUCGAAGACGGAACUGAAAGCAAAUUUUUCUUGGCCAACAAAAGCCCAAUCCUCAGCCCAGGGGAUAAUCCAGCAAACCACGCAGCGUGGCUAAAGGCUCAAGCAAAUCAGUGUAUUGCCAAGAACAAGGACUUUUUGCCUUUUGUGUCGACUGCUGCCGUCGCUAGAGAUAUCGAUUCCCUCCGUGCGGCCUUUGGCCAAGAACUUACUAACUUUUGGGGAUUCAGUUAUGGUACUUUCCUGGGAGCCACAUAUGUCAAUAUGUUUCCAGAUCGAGUUGGCCGCGUUAUUCUAGAUGGCGUUACCGACCCUACCACGUUUUCAGGAGAACUGGUCAACUGGAUUAAAACGUCGCUGAUCCAUACUGAAGAUGGUAUUGAUGAAUUUGGAGCGUCGUGUGAGGCAGCUGGUCCUGAGAAAUGCGCAUUGGCGAAUCGUGACAAAGCACUCGCCUUUGACGGCCAACACUACGUAGCUCCCACUCUGCGAUACUACCUCAACCACCUCAUUAACAACCCACUGUUGUUAAGCAACCAAUCGGCUCCAGGUAUAGUUGUACAAGGGGAAGUCGCCAAUGCCUUUUUCCUUUCCUUGUACAAAGUGGCCAACUGGCCUAAAAUCGCUGCAGCUUUUGCCGAAGCGAUUGAAUACUCAAUUGGUGACAAAUUGCACAAUUACUUGGCUGAAACGGAGAGUGAGCGAUGCCCAUUGGUGGAGGACUAUACAAUGAGCUUCAUACCCGUGCUAUGUAUCGAUGGCACCCAUUACGACCAACCCGAUCUCGAGUCUUACAUGAGGGGACUUGACGAUGCUUCCAAAGUGGCUCCACUGGCGGCUACACUUUGGGGUACCUCCAUGAUGCAGUGUAUUUACUGGGAUGUGAAACCGGCUGAGCGAUAUACUGGACCAUGGAAUCAGAAGACAAAAAACAAGGUUCUCCUCAUCGGUGCUACAGGUGAUCCCGUAACGCCCGUUGAAAGUGCUGCAAAACUUGAAGAUCUUAUGGAGGGUAAUGGUGUUUUCCACAAGCAUAACGGUUGGGGUCACUGUAGUCUGGGACAGCCAAGUAAAUGUACCACCAAAGUCAUUCGUGAUUAUUUCGUCGACGGCAAGGUGCCUGAGAAAGGCUCUGAAUGUGCUAUGGAGGAUCAGCCAUUUGAGCUCACGGCUUCUCUGCAAAGCUUUGGUGAUAAUAGUCUUAGCUACCAGGAUCUUUCUAAUCUUGCUGAUGCUGUACACUAUGCUCAACGUCGUAUGUAGUGUGAAUUGCAAAAAAACAAAAAAAAGGUGGCUUAACCGAAAUAUCAUAAUACCGAUUAGUUCUUGCACUACCAUGAUGUGUCUUUCGCUGCUUCUUGUUUUUCCAUUGUAUAUUUCACUAUUCUCGAGCGAAUAAAUCUAUCAUGACCUGAGAGAAAUUUAUUCGCAGAAUCU